AUGGUGCAGGAGUUCCCGCGGCUAACCAACUCUCUGCGGCUCCCUUUCGAUGCCGACCAAGCUUAUCUCAACCGGAAAACCUUACUUCAGAACCUCAAUCGCCGGAGCUCUCAAGCUUCGUUCGGAGAAUCUGAGCUCGCUCGUGCAAUCAUCCAUCGAUGGGAAGAAGCUUCCAUGGAGGUGCGACAACUGUACAAGCAGUUUAUUGCUGCGGUUGUUGAGCUGGUUGGUGAUGAGGUGAUGUCGGAGGAGUUUGAGGAACUGGCGCUGAACGUUUAUCAGCUAUUUAGUGGAUCUGAAGAGGAUGAGGUUGAACAGAGAGUUUUGGCAAAAAAGUUUGAGUUGCAUAAACUAAUUGGACAUACUGUUCCGGAAGCAAAUAUACUGAAAGUUGCAUCACUAGUAGAGAGGCUUUCUGGUUUACAGAACACUGAGUAUAGAAAUAGCAAUUCAAUGGAAAUGGUGAGUGAAGAUAGCAAGGAUUUGGAAUUUGGAGCAGACCUUGCAUUCCAACACCCAGCUCGCUUUUUGGUUGAUAUUUCUCCAGAGGAUGCAGAGAUUUUGAUGGAGGAAACUAGCACAUCAUCUUCCAAUCACGGAGGAUGGUCUGAUUACAGCCACUCUGCAAAUUUGCCUCGUGUUGGUGAAGGUAACUUUGACCUAGAGUGGUUGCAAAAUGCUUGUGACAAAAUUGUCAGGGCAAGUACUUCACAACUGCCGCGAGAUGAACUAGCAAUGGCCAUUUGCCGAAUUCUCGACUCAGAGAAACCUGGUGACGAGAUAGCUGGAGAUUUGCUGGAUCUUGUUGGUGACAGCUCCUUUGAAACUGUUCAAGAUUUUAUCAUGCAUCGAAAGGGCCUUGUUGAGAGUAUCCAUCAUGGACUGUUGGUACUCAAGACUGAUAAGUCGACUUCAAAUACACAAAUAAGGAUCCCAAGUUAUGCUACUCAGGUAACUGUUCAAACAGAAUCUGAACGGCAAAUUGAUAAGCUUCGCCGCAAGGAGGAGAAAAAGCAUAGGCGUGGAACAGAUCAUGGGAUCGAGAAUGAUCUGUCAUCAUUGUCUUUCAGUUCCUUACUACAAGCUAGUGAGAAGAAAAAUUUACUUGAUGAUCUUGUUGGGCAUGGUGAUGGGACUCAGAUUGCUGUCACAGCGCUUCCGCAGGACACCAUGAGGAAGCAUUACAAGGGAUAUGAAGAAGUCACUAUUCCUCCUACACCAACUGCACCAAUGAAACCUGGGGAAAAGCUGAUUGAAAUAAAAGAGCUGGAUGACAUUGCACAAGCUGCUUUCCAUGGUUACAAGUCUUUGAACCGGAUACAGAGCAGAAUAUUCCAAACAACUUAUUACACUAAUGAAAAUAUUCUGGUAUGUGCGCCAACUGGGGCGGGGAAAACAAAUAUUGCAAUGAUUUCUAUUCUACACGAGAUUGGACAACAUUUCAGAGAUGGUUAUCUGCACAAAGAAGAAUUCAAAAUUGUUUAUGUUGCACCGAUGAAGGCUUUAGCUGCAGAAGUCACUUCAACCUUCAGCCAUCGGUUAUCUCCUUUAAAUGUAACUGUGAGAGAGCUCACUGGGGAUAUGCAACUCUCUAGGAAUGAACUUGAAGAAACUCAGAUGAUUGUAACAACUCCUGAAAAAUGGGAUGUCAUUACUCGUAAAAGCAGUGAUAUGUCGCUUUCCAUGCUAGUGAAGCUCCUAAUCAUUGAUGAAGUGCAUUUAUUGAAUGAUGAUCGAGGUCCUGUAAUAGAAGCAUUAGUUGCUCGCACUCUUCGUCAGGUCGAAUCUACGCAAAGUAUGAUACGCAUAGUUGGCCUUUCUGCUACUUUGCCCAACUACUUGGAGGUGGCACAAUUUCUGAGGGUAAAUCCAGAAACAGGCCUAUUCUUCUUUGAUUCAAGCUAUCGCCCUGUACCUCUCGAGCAGCAGUACAUUGGGAUUUCCGAACAUAACUAUCUAGCUCGUAAUGACUUGAUGAAUGACAUAUGCUACAAUAAGGUAGUGGAUUCAUUACGGCGAGGACAUCAAGUCAUGGUUUUUGUUCAUUCACGGAAAGACACAGGGAAAACAGCUGACAAACUGGUUGAGAUUGCCAGAAGACAUGAGGACUACGAUCUCUUCACCAAUGCUUCACAUCCUCAGUUUGAACUUAUAAAGAGGGAAGUUCUGAAGUCAAGAAAUAAGGAACUGGUCCAACUGUUUGAAUAUGCUGUUGGUAUCCAUCAUGCUGGGAUGUUACGGGCAGACAGAGGCCUGACUGAACGUCUUUUCUCCGAGGGACUUUUAAGGGUACUCGUUUGCACAGCGACUCUAGCAUGGGGAGUAAAUCUUCCUGCUCACACUGUGGUGAUUAAGGGAACUCAAAUAUAUGACCCAAAGGCUGGUGGGUGGCGAGAUUUGGGCAUGCUUGACGUAAUGCAGAUAUUCGGUCGUGCUGGAAGACCCCAGUUUGAUAAAAGUGGUGAAGGCAUCAUAAUAACCUCUCACGACAAAUUAGCAUAUUAUUUGCGUCUUUUAACCAGUCAACUUCCAAUUGAGAGUCAGUUUAUAAACUCCUUGAAAGAUAAUCUAAAUGCUGAGGUAGCACUGGGGACUGUGACAAAUGUUAAGGAAGCUUGUGCUUGGCUGGGAUACACAUAUCUUUUCAUAAGGAUGAAAAUGAAUCCACUGGCAUAUGGUAUUGGAUGGGAUGAGGUCAUCGCGGAUCCUUCAUUGAGUCUGAAACAAAGAGCUCUGAUUUCAGAUGCUGCACGUGCUCUCGACAAGGCAAAGAUGAUGCGCUUCGAUGAGAAAAGUGGAAACUUUUACUGCACUGAGCUUGGACGUAUUGCUAGCCACUUUUACAUUCAGUACUCCAGUGUUGAAACCUAUAAUGAGCUUUUGAGACGCCACAUGAGUGAUACUGAGGUGAUUGACAUGGUUGCACAUUCUUCGGAAUUUGAAAAUAUUGUCCUCAGAGACGAAGAACAAAAUGAGCUAGAAAUGUUGGCUCGCAAAUGUCCUCUUGAAAUCAAGGGUGGUCCAUCAAAUAAACAUGGAAAAGUGUCGAUACUUAUCCAGAUGUACAUAUCCAGGGGCUCAAUUGAUACUUUUUCACUAAUUUCUGAUGCGUCAUAUAUUAGUUCAAGCUUGGCUCGUAUUAUGAGAGCCUUGUUUGAGAUUUGUUUGCGGAGAGGGUGGAGUGAGAUGUCAUCUUUUAUGCUGGAGUACUGCAAGGCCGUGGAUCGUCAAAUUUGGCCCCACCAACAUCCACUCAGACAGUUUGAUAGAGAAAUUUCAGCAGAAAUACUGAGGAAACUUGAAGAAAGAGGAGUGGACUUAGAUCGUCUAUAUGAGAUGGAGGAAAAAGAAAUUGGAUCUUUAAUUCGCUAUGCACCUGGAGGAAAGGUGGUCAAGCAAUACAUGGGAUAUUUUCCAAUGGUACAGUUAUUUGCUACAGUAAGCCCAAUCACUAGAACUGUUUUAAAGGUUGAUUUGACUAUUGCACCUGAGUUUGUCUGGAAGGACAGGUUUCAUGGCACUGUGCAGCGCUGGUGGAUUUUAGUUGAGGAUUCUGAGAACGAUCAUAUAUACCACUCGGAGCUUUUUGCACUAACAAAGAAGAUGGCUAAAGGGGAGCCUCAGAAGUUAUCUUUCACUGUUCCUAUAUUCGAGCCACAUCCUCCUCAGUAUUUCAUUCGUGCAAUCUCAGAUUCAUGGUUGCAUGCGGAGUCUUUCUACACUAUAUCUUUCCAGAACCUUGCUCUUCCAGAGGCACAUACAACUCAUACUGAACUCCUUGAUCUGAAACCUCUUCCCAAGACUGCACUUGGCAAUGAAAUUUACGAAGCAUUAUAUAAGUUUACACACUUCAACCCCAUACAGACACAGGCCUUUCAUGUGCUCUAUCAUACGGACCAAAAUGUUCUUCUGGGAGCUCCAACAGGAAGUGGGAAAACAAUAUCGGCUGAGCUUGCUAUGCUCCAUCUGUUUAAUACUCAGCCUGAUAUGAAGGUUAUCUAUAUAGCACCUUUAAAGGCUCUUGUCCGAGAAAGAAUGAAUGAUUGGAGGAAGCGUCUUGUUUCCCAGCUUGGAAAACAUAUGGUGGAAUUGACUGGAGAAUAUACCCCAGAUCUGACAGCACUGUUAGCAGCUGACAUCAUUAUUUCUACUCCAGAAAAAUGGGAUGGUAUCAGUCGUAAUUGGCAUACUCGAGGCUACGUUAAGAAGGUUGGACUAAUGAUACUGGAUGAAAUUCAUUUACUUGGAGCAGAUCGUGGUCCCAUAUUAGAGGUUAUUGUAUCUCGGAUGAGAUACAUAUCAUCACAGACAGAGCGUUCCGUUCGUUUCGUUGGUCUUUCGACUGCUUUGGCUAAUGCACAUGAUUUGGCUGAUUGGCUUGGCGUUGAAGAGAACGGUCUGUUCAAUUUCAAGCCUAGUGUUCGGCCGGUUCCUCUGGAAGUUCACAUCCAGGGUUAUCCUGGGAAGUAUUACUGCCCAAGAAUGAAUAGCAUGAACAAACCCGCUUAUGCUGCUAUAUGUACUCACUCUCCUACCAAACCAGUUCUUAUAUUUGUUUCAUCACGUCGUCAGACCAGGCUUACUGCUUUGGAACUCAUUCAGUAUGCAGCUUCAGAUGAGCACCCAAGACAAUUCCUUGCUAUACCUGAAGAUUCGUUACAGAUGAUACUUUCCCAAGUAACUGAUCAAAAUCUCAGGCACACGCUGCAAUUUGGCAUCGGGUUGCACCAUGCAGGACUGAACGAUAAGGAUCGAUCUCUUGUUGAGGAACUUUUCGCAAACAACAAGAUUCAGGUGUUGGUUUGCACCAGUACAUUAGCAUGGGGUGUGAACCUUCCAGCUCACUUGGUUAUUAUAAAGGGAACAGAAUAUUUUGAUGCAAGAGCAAAAAGAUAUGUCGAUUUUCCUAUUACCGAUAUUUUACAAAUGAUGGGUCGAGCAGGAAGGCCUCAGUACGAUCAACAUGGGAAAGCUAUCAUUCUCGUUCAUGAACCAAAAAAAAGCUUCUACAAAAAGUUUCUCUAUGAACCAUUUCCAGUUGAAAGCAGUCUCAGAGAACAGUUGCAUGAUAACUUCAAUGCUGAGAUCGUUUCUGGAACAAUUAGUCAUAAAGAGGAUGCAAUACAUUAUCUCACCUGGACAUAUUUAUUCCGAAGAUUGGUGGUUAAUCCAGCUUAUUAUGGCUUAGAGGACACAGAUCCUGGAACUCUGAGUUCUUACUUGUCAAGCUUAGCAGUAAGCACAUUUGAGGAUCUUGAAGACAGUGGUUGCAUUAAAAUUGAUGAGGACAGGGUGGAGCCAAUGAUGUUGGGUUCAAUAGCAUCACAGUAUUAUCUAAAAUACACUACUCUGUCGAUGUUUGCUUCAAAUAUUGAAGCAAACACAUCACUUGAAGUUUUCCUCCACGUAUUAUCUGGUGCUUCUGAAUAUGAUGAGCUUCCCGUGCGGCACAAUGAAGAAAACUACAAUGCAGACUUAUCCAGUAAGGUUCGCUACAUGGUUGACAAGAACCUGCUUGAUGAUCCUCAUGUGAAGACAAAUCUUCUUUUUCAGGCACACUUUUCUCGAGUUGAACUACCGAUCACCGACUAUGUAACUGAUUUGAAGUCGGUGCUGGAUCAAAGUAUUCGUAUUAUCCAGGCAAUGAUAGAUCUAUGUGCCAACAGCGGAUGGCUUUCUAGUACGCUUACUUGUAUGCAUCUUCUGCAAAUGGUCAUGCAGGGAUUAUGGUUUGACAGAGAUUCCUCCUUGUGGAUGCUACCAUGCAUGACGGAAGAUCUUGUCACGACAUUGAGCCAGAGAGGAAUCACAAAUGUCCUGCAGUUGUUAGAUCUUCCUCCUGCAAAUUUGCAAGGUCUCUUAAAUAGUUCCAUUGCUACGAGAUUACACGAGCAAAUGCAGCAUUUUCCCCGAAUUCAAGCACGAUUAAGAGUUCAGAAACGAAUGGCUAAUGAUAAUCCUCGUGUUACUCUCAACAUAAGACUAGAAAGGACAAACAGACACAAGAAAACAUCACGAGCUUUUGCUCCUCGAUUUCCUAAGGUAAAAGAUGAAGCUUGGUGGUUGGUUCUCGGCAAUAGCUCUACCUCUCAGCUCUAUGCAUUGAAGAGAGUGUCUUUCAUGGAUUUCGUACAAAUAAGCAUGGAUCUACCAUCCAAUGUUAACGACACCCAGGUAGGAUAA